CGGCGUCGGAGUCGGAGUUGCGCGGCGCGGUUGACUGGCGUUGCAGCGGGUUGUCAGCGUGGUGGCCGGCUGCAGCAACAAGGCGUUGCAUGGCAUUGCAAUUGCAUUGAUGGUCGUUCAUGCUCAGAUCCUGCUGCUGCUGCUGCGUUCAGUCGGAAUCCGCACGCCCGGCUCUGCCCAACAUUGCUAUGUGUAAUUUCUCGAUCUGCUUCUGACUGCGGCUUUUCCUCUGGUGACGGCUGACUGGGACGAUGACGGAGUACAAACUGGUGGUGGUCGGAGCAGGUGGCGUUGGCAAGAGUGCCCUGACCAUCCAACUCAUCCAGAACCAUUUCGUGGAUGAGUAUGACCCCACGAUUGAGGAUUCCUACAGGAAACAGGUUGUCAUUGAUGGAGAGACGUGUUUGCUGGACAUUCUGGACACUGCUGGCCAAGAAGAGUACAGUGCUAUGCGAGACCAGUACAUGCGGACUGGAGAAGGCUUCCUCUGCGUCUUUGCCAUCAAUAACACCAAGUCGUUUGAGGACAUUCACCAAUAUAGAGAGCAGAUCAAGCGGGUAAAGGAUUCUGACGAUGUUCCUAUGGUCCUGGUGGGCAACAAGUGUGACCUCCCAUCCCGGACGGUAGAGACGCGGCAGGCGCAGGACCUGGCCCGGAGCUACGGAAUCCCAUAUAUCGAGACCUCAGCCAAGACCAGACAGGGCGUGGAGGAUGCCUUCUACACCUUGGUCCGAGAGAUCAGUCAGCACAAAGUGAGGAAAUCGAAUCCUCCCGAUGAGAGUGGUCAGGACUGUAAUAACUGUAAAUGUGUGAUAUUGUGACUGGGGUCUCAGCAGCAGUGGUCGGACCCCAGCUCGGCGCCAAGGGAGGGGCGGCAGCGGGGGGGGAAGUGAUCGUGGGGGAGUUGUCCAAAGUGGGCACCGGUUUCCUGCCCCUGAGUACCCCCUCCGAGAGCGGGGCUCACCCCCACCUCCAUGUCCAUCGUCACACAGAUUUACCCACCUGUGUUUUCCCCCCUUCAGUUACCCAUCCCAAUCCCACUGACCCCCCCCCACCCCCUGUACAGAGACACCGCACUGACCCCAUGUGUCUGGCUGAGGUUCGGUCACUGGAAUUGGGUGCUCCCCCACCCCCACCCCCAGGGUGAUUGAACAGUGGUGUGGGUGCUGGCAUGAGGUGGGGGGAGGGAGAGGUUGUGGGACUCUUGCUGACCUCCCCCCCCCCCGGUUCUCUGGGGAGGGGCUGCCCACACAUUGUUGCUUCCCCCUCCCAUCCAUUGCCAAACGGGGCCCUGGGAGGGGUUCGCCAAUCUCCACUCCCACACCCACCUUACUCUUCAGUACUCAUCACCCAAUCCCUAGCUGAGGGGGGAGA